AUGGUUCUGGGCCAAGCUGUCAACAUGAGUCUGAUGGACAUUUCCAAGAUCUUCUCCCUGCUGCAGCCCAAGGAGGAGGAUGAGGACAACGAGCAGAGUCAGGCGCUGAACAACGCCGUGAGCAGCGACAACGUGACCCUGGUCUCCGAGCUCCUCUCUCAGGAGAGUUACAGGAGGUCCAUCAAUGCUCGCAGUGGGUGGGGGGUCCCGGUCACCCCCUUGCGCACGGCUGCCGCUCAGGGACACCUGAGGUGCCUGGAGCUACUGUUGGAGCACGGUGCAGAGAUCGACAGCCUGGAUGUGAAGGCCCAGACGCCUCUGUUCACAGCUGUCAGUGGGAAACAUCUGGACUGCGUAGUGGCCUUGCUAAAAGCCGGGGCCGAUCCCAACGGCAGCCAGUACAACAACUGCUGCCCGGUGCUGACCGCCGCCCGAGAGGGGGACGUGGACGUGCUCAGGGAGCUGCUGCGCUUUGGAGCCGAGUUGGACGUCAGAUCCAAAGUGCCCGAGUGGGCCUCCAGCAGCACGGCCUGCAGAGGGCCCCUGUACAUCUCAGCUGUGUAUGGACACCUGGACGGCUUUAAGUUGCUCCUGCUGCACGGGGCCAACCCCAACUACAACUGCACAGACGACAAGAUGCUGGCCAGGAUAAAGCAGCCGAAGACAGUGCUGGAGGUGUGUCUGCGUUAUGGCUGUGGGGUUGAGUACAUCCAGCUUCUCAUAGACUUUGGGGCAGACGUGUAUCUACCCACGCUGAUCAUUGACAAGACGACGAAGCAGAAUGAAGCUCUGGACCUGCUGCUCAAGGAGAGAGCUUGUCCCAAAACCCUGAUGUCUCAGACUCGGCUGACGAUCCGGAGACACAUGUCCUUCUCUGACAAGGCGCCUGCCAUUGACAGUUUGAUCCUGAUUCCCCUGAUCCUGAGAAACUACCUGAAGCAUGAGACCACUGAACUCAUAUGA